ACUGCAUUUAACUUUAUUCAUUUCUUUCCUUAAUUUCCUGUCUUGUCAGUUUCAUCCUGAUUACUUUUCUGUUCAAAGUUCUCAUGUUCAAAGUUUCUCAUAUCUCACCCAUUUUCUUUUUUUAAAAAAUUAUUUAAUAGGCUUUUUUCCCAUCCCAGGGCUCCUCCUUUGGGGCGUUUGAAUGCGGGAAGGUCCGCUUUUCUGCUCCGACUUUCCCUUCCAACCUGCGGUUCUCAACCUGCAGGGCAUCAGCAUCGCCCAGAGGCCUGGCUGAGCAGACUGGUAGACUCCGCCCUGGGAUGGCGCCGAGAAUGUUGGCGUCUAAUGGUUUCCCUGGAGAUGGGAAGCAUCAGCACUGGGUCUGAGGGCCACCCUUUGUAAACCGCUGACCGGGCCCUCUCUGCCGUACCUAGCACCGGGUUGCGCGUCUGGUCUACGACAGUGAUAGGUCAACACAUCCGUCCUCAUAGGUUUGUGGAGAAGAAGCUAGAGGAGGAGUCUGACCCCGACAGUGCACGGGGUCUGGAAGCAUCGGGCCUCCAGGUGUCCGGCGGGCGGUGGACACCAGGGGGCGCCAGGGAGCAGCCUCGGGGUCGUCCUGCCGGGCCCGUUUCCGGCUGCGCAGGCGCAGGAGGCCGCGAGCCCUGCCGGGGCCGCAGGGAAGUUCCUCGGCGACAUGGUCUUAUCCCAGGCUCGGGGCAUCCUACUCCAGAAAUAUGACUUUAAAAGAAAAAAGCCCAUCGGGUAUUGAGGAAAGAAAAAUAGAUCCUAUUUGCUGUGUGGCGAGUGGAUUGAAAAGGAGAGCGUAGGAGACCAUGUAGGAAACUGUUGCAGAAGCCCAGGAAAUUACAGAGGAUAACAACAUGGAGAUGAAGCCGCAGGAUGGUAGAAGGAGUCCCCCCCACAGGGAGGUGCCCCCAGUCGUGGGGCUGCUGCUGGCCAUGGCUGUCAUGAACGCGCUCCUCUACCUCUGCCUCGAUCACUUCUUCAUCGCCCCCCGGCGUUCCGCCCUGGACCCCCGGCACUGUCCCUAUGGCCACUUCAGAGUGGGGCAGAUGAACAACUGCUCAGCAUGGCUGUCCUGUGAGGAGCUGAGGACAGAAGUGAGGCAGCUGAAGCGUGUUGGGGAGGGAGCCGUGAAGAGAGUCUUUCUGUCUGAGUGGAAGGAACGCAAAGUCGCUCUCUCACGGCUCACCAGUCUGGAGAUGAAAGACGAUUUCCUCCACGGACUGCAGAUGCUGAAAUCUCUGCAGAGCAAACAUGUUGUCACGCUGCUUGGCUUCUGUGAAGAUGACAACACUAUUCUCACCGAGUAUCACCCCUUAGGGUCCUUGAGCAGCCUGGAAGCGACGCUCAACCUUUCCAAGUACCAAGCUGUGAACACCUGGCAGCAGCGGCUGCAGCUGGCCAUGGACUACGUGGGCAUCAUCCACUACCUGCACCACAGCCCCCUGGGCACGCGGGUCAUGUGCGACUCCAACGACCUGCCCAAGACGCUGUCCCAGUACCUGCUGACCAGUAACUUCAGCAUCGUGGUGAACGACCUGGACGCCCUGCCCCUGGUGAACCGCAGCGCCGGGGCGUUGGUGAAGUGCGGCCACAGGGAGCUUCACGGGGAUUUCGUGGCUCCGGAGCAGCUGUGGCCCUAUGGAGAGGACGUGCCUUUUCGUGACGAUCUCAUGCCCUCGUACGAUGAGAAGAUCGACAUCUGGAAGAUUCCCGAUGUCUCCAGUUUCCUUUUGGGGCACGUCGAAGGGAGCGACAUGGUCCGAUUCCAUUUGUUCGAUAUUCAUAAGGCCUGUAAGAGCCAGACUCCUGCAGAGAGGCCCACCGCACAGGCCAUUCUGGACACUUACCAGAAGGUUCUGAAUUCACUCAGAGACACCGUGACGUCUCAGACCAGAGAAAUGCUAUGAAGACUAGUGCGGUCAGUGAGGGGUGCGAGUUAAGGAACAGCAGUUCUGCUCUGACAGUGAGCUUGCUGCUGUUCAGCCAGGUGGCUCCUCCUGUGUACCCACGUGCACAUGUGAGCGGCUGCCUCUGCUGGCCACCGGGGCGGAAAUUGCUAAGCCAGAGCAACCGACGUGAUCUAAGUCUGGCUUCACUUCUAAUGCUGACUGCUCCCAGGAGAAGAUGCAGAGAAGCCGUGAAUCUGACCUGUAUCUGAAGGAAGUAACUACAGAAAGAUGUAGCUUCAAAGAGCCUUUCCCUGACCGAGUAACUGAGUUUGUAAGCUUGUAAGAAAGGUAGAUAGGGACGAUUUUUAAAUGGCAGUAUAUGAAAGAAGCAUAGAGUAGUUCUCCAAGGAAUUUUCUUUCCUCUGUUUUGGAUGGUAAUCAACAUACCAGGUCCUGGGAGUAUCCCUGGUCUGCUUCACUUUGUAUGGGUGGGGCCACCCUUACUGUUUUAAGUGAUUGUUCUGUGAAGCUCCAGUGCCAUCCUCCUCCCUAGGAGCUUAAGGAGAACUAUGAUGGCAUGCUCUUUGAAAUUUGUUUUUUAAUAUAUUUUUACAAGAGGCCCGGUGCACGAGUUUGUGUACAGGUGGGAUCUUGCCAGCCAGCCCCAAACGGGGUGGGUGCGGCCAAUUGGGGUUAGGACCAGGGGGAGGGGUCGCGGGCGGUUGGCUGGUUAACCCCACCCCCUGGUCAAACUUCUGGUUGAACGCCCAUCGAGGAGACAAUUUGCAUAUUAGCCUUUUAUUAUAUAGGAUUGAUUUCAAAGAGAGAGA